UUUAUUUCAGGCAAAAUGUUGGUGGCAUCUAACGGGCGUGUUGCAACUUUUGCCCUGUUUUUGUUCUUUUCCUUUGCUGAGAUCAGCCAAACAAGUGGAAAUGGAGAGGGCGGUCGGCCGACAAGUUGUUCACCAACAAGUGAUGAUGAUCUACCUCCAUGUGUUCACGGUGUGUCGACAACUUUGUCACCAACUACUGCUGGCGGACCGGCAGCCAUUGAUCAGGGGAACGUGGAGUGUGGCAGGAAAAAGCCCGAUUCCAGAAUUGUAGGGGGCACAAACGCGCAACCAGGGUCUUGGCCGUGGCAAGUGUUAGUGGGCUUUAAGCCGUUUCAGGGUCCUGUUUGGUGUGGAGGCUCCAUUCUUACCCCGUACUGGAUCGUUACUGCAGCUCACUGUUUUAAUUUUGGAAAAAAUGCCACGUCUUAUACAGUAACUGUAGGUGAACACAAUCCUCUUACAGUGGAAGGAACCGAGCAAAUAAUCCCAAUCGACAAAAUCAUCUUACAUCCUAAUUAUAACCCGCCAGCGACUAGCUUCGACUAUGACGUGGCAUUGAUCAAACUGAAGGAGCCGAUCAAUUUCAACAUUAACGUAAGACCUGUAUGUCUGCCCACCGUGGAUUUUCCUCCUGGAACUAAUUGUUAUGUCACAGGAUGGGGAUAUACAACAGAGGGAGGAAAUUUUGCACAGAUUUUGCAGCAAGCGGAAGUUCCUCUAGUAUCACUUGACACUUGUCAGCGGGCAUACAACGACCUCGGAUUGGAAAUUACGGAACGCAUGCGCUGUGCAGGGUUCUCUCAGGGAGGAAUUGAUUCAUGCGAAGGAGACAGUGGAGGACCGCUGGUCUGUCCGAGAAAUAACAAGUGGUAUCUCGUGGGUAUCGUCAGCUGGGGAGUUGGUUGUGCGCUCCCGAAUAGAUUCGGAGUGUAUUCUGACGUGAUUGCACUUAAGACCUGGGUGCAGGAUACAAUUAACAAUUCCACAACUCUGCUUUCUUAUAUCCGUUUAGGUGCGUCGAUAACUUUGUCACCAACUGCUGGCGCACGCGCACCCAUUAAUCAGGGGAACGUGGAGUGUGGCAGGAAAAAGCCCGAUUCCAGAAUUGUAGGGGGCACAAACGCCCAACCAGGGUCUUGGCCAUGGCAAGUGUUAGUGGACUAUAAGCCGCAUCGGGGCCCUGUUUUGUGUGGAGGCUCCAUUCUUACCCCGUACUGGAUCGUUACUGCAGCUCACUGUUUUGAUGUUGGAAAAAAUGCCACGUCUUUUACACUAACUGUAGGUGAACACGAUCUUCGUACAGUAGUAGGAAAAGAGGAAAUAGUCCCAAUCGACAAAGUCAUCUUACAUCCUAAUUAUAACCCGCCAGCGACUGGCUACGACUAUGACGUGGCAUUGAUCAAACUGAAGGAGCCGAUCACGUUCAACAAUGACGUAAGACCUGUAUGUCUGCCCACCAUGGAUUUUCCUCCUGGAACUAAUUGUUAUGUCACAGGAUGGGGAGAUACAAGCUAUUUGGGAAAUUUUGCGCAGAUUUUGCAGCAAGCGGAAGUUCCUCUUGUACCACGUGACACUUGUCGGAGGGCAUACAGCGACUCCGGAGUUGAAAUUACGGAACGCAUGCGCUGUGCAGGUUUCUCUCAGGGAGGAGUUGAUUCAUGCGACAGUGACAGUGGAGGGCCAUUGGUCUGUCCGAGCAAUAACAAGUGGUAUCUCAUGGGUAUCGUCAGCUGGGGAGUUGGUUGUGCAAGUCCGAAUAGAUUCGGAGUGUAUUCUGACGUGUUUGUACUUAAGACCUGGGUUCAGGAUACAAUUAACAAUUCUACAACUCUAUGAUUGUCAGGGGUAGAAGAGAGAGUGAAGUUGUCGGUUGACGACUAGCUCAUGUUUCAAGGAAAAUAAAAGAAUCACGGCAAACUAAUUAAACGAACCUCGCUUAAUGGUAAUUAUUCCGGUAAAUCACAGUUUGUGUUUUAAUAGCGGGUCACGUUUCACCAAAAAAUGUUGAAUUUGACGAUAAGCUAACUGCUCAUUGUCAUCUUAGCUUGUAAGAAUGCAUUAUAUAUAAGCAAUAAAAGAGGGAAUGUAAAGUA